AUGCCUCCUCCGUUAUUAUACAAUGUCUUGUCAGCCGCUCUUCCAGCACACUGUGAGCCCUCGUCACCAUUCCUAGCUGCCGUUUCGUCCCACUUGCAUAUCUGCCUUCCAACGCCUCUUGCGCUCUUAUCUUCGAUUCUCGGAACGCUCAGCAUCAUAUCCUGGCUUUUUGCACAGCUUCCCCAAAUAUACAAGAACUACCAGUUGCAGUCAACGUCUGGCCUGUCCCUGUUCUUUCUCGUCGAGUGGUGUCUUGGUGAUACGGGUAACCUUGUGGGUGCUCUGUUUACCCGGCAGGCAACCUGGCAAGUGAUCAUAGCUGCGUACUACGUCUUGGUGGAUGUCACCCUAGUGUUUCAGUUCUUUUGGUAUACGCACUACAAAGGCCAAAGGGUCGCGUACCUUGACCACUCUCACUCUCCCCAUGGCGACGACACCGGAGCGUUCCUUGAGGGAGUGCCGCUGUCGGAGGAGGAUUCGAUCACUGAUAUCCCACCACAAAAGCCUGCAACGGAAGGCUCAGCCACAAAGGACGAGGAGCUCCUGAAGAAAUCAGCACCCAUUGCGAUAGACAGCCAACCGCUACUAUACAUUAACGAGAAGUUGAGCUCGUCUCGUCGCACGAUCACCAGAUCAGCCAGUGGUCCUAGCCUGCCACUCGCCUCCACGCGCACUCUGUUUCUGGCAUCGGUCCUCUGCGCCGUUGUAGCCAACGCACAGCCCGCCGAACACAGCCUUCCGCCCGCGGCUUCACAACAGAACAGCCUUGAGCUGAUCGGCCGAAUCUCCUCCUGGGUCUCAACGGUCCUCUACCUCGGCUCACGUCCCCCUCAACUCAUCAAGAACUACCGCCGCAAAAGCACCGCAGGGCUUUCCCCCUUACUCUUCAUGGCUGCCUUCUGCGGUAACCUCUUCUACUCUGCCUCGCUCGCAACCAACCCCAACGCAUGGUACGACUUCCCCCCGUGGGGUGGUCGCGGAUGGGCAGGCGCAGACGGCAACAAUCGCCUGGAAUGGGUUGGCCUCGCCACUCCUUUUUUCCUCGGCGCCUUUGGCGUCCUCUUUCUUGACGGCUGCAUGGGCCUGCAGUUCCUCAUGUAUGGCGGCCACGACGAAGAUCAGAUUGUUCGCGUCAUGUACUCGGAAAGAAGAAGCAGGUGGACCCGCGUUCGGGGCUGGAUGAGGGGCUGGAUCCCUUCCGUUUCCCCUCGGCGCGAAUUCCACGACACCUCCGUGCGGGAAGGCCAGGCGCUCCUGCGCGGAGAACGAGAGAGAUACGGCACUGUUUAG